CAACGUUAAACUAAGAACUUUUACUUCAGUGUUUCUGUGGUCCUAGCCAAUCAAGAGCACGAGGUUACUCCGGCCUUUGGGACUCAGUGACUAUAUUUUGACACCCCCUCCAUUAAGAAAUUGUAACAGCCAGCUCAACCUUCAAGAGCCACCACUCUGAUCAGUGAUUAAGUAUCAGCAUAAGGCCCAGUGGGAGAUGACAUGUUCCAUUGGCAAGCCACAAUUAUGGAACCUAAUGACAGCGCAUAUCAAGGUGGUGUAUUCUUUUUCGACAAUUCAUUUUCCUACAGACUACCCCUUCAAACCGCCUAAGAUUACGUUUACAACAAGAAUUUAUCAUUCAAAUAUAAACAGUAACCACAGCAUUUGUCUCGAUAUUCUAAGAUCACAGUGGUCUCCUGCUUCAACUGUUUCUAAAGUUCUUUUAUCCAUUUGUUCACUGCUAUGUGAUCCAAUCCCAGAUGACCCCCUAGUGCCAAAGAUUGCAUGGAUCUAUAAAAUAGACACAAGUACAACAGGAUAUCUCUAG